GUUUCAUUCAUUGUCUUCGUCAAAGUCGUACGGACGGAUAUUCAGCUGAAUGGACACACACACCUCGUUUGUUUGAUGAUUUCUGGAACCAACAGCAUCUUCGGAUCUCAGAUCAGAUUUCGCUUCCUUUGAAUUUCUCCUCUCAAUUCUUGUUUUUCAUUCUUCUCAAACUUCCUUCCCAUUUUCCUUUCUUACCUCAAUUUCAUGCCAUGAGGAAAAAGCUUGAUACUCGUUUCCCUGCGGCUCGGAUAAAGAAGAUAAUGCAAGCAGAUGAGGAUGUUGGAAAGAUUGCACUGGCAGUUCCUGUUUUAGUGUCUAAAGCUCUGGAAUUAUUUUUGCAAGAUCUUUGUGACCGCACUUAUGAAAUAACUCUUCAGAGAGGAGCAAAGACAAUGAAUGCAUUGCAUCUGAAACAUUGUGUUCAAAGCUAUAAUGUCUUUGACUUUUUGAGAGACAUUGUCAGCACGGUUCCUGAUUAUGGGCAUGGACAUGGCCAUGGCAACUCUGAGGGUGGAGCUGAUGAUCGUGCCCUUCCAAAGAGAAGGAAAGCUGCUGGGGAUGAUGGCAAUGACAGUGAUGAAGAAGCUAAGAGGAGUAAGAUGCAGCUUGAGUUGGGCCACACUAGCAGUACUGGCAAGGGAAGAGGCCGAGGUAGAGGUAGAGGCCGAGGCCGUGGUCGAGGGGCUCGAACUGUAGAAAAAGAGACUAGUGUACACCAGGUUGAAUCUGAGCCUUGCACCUCUAUCCCAGAAAGUAGCAAAGAUUUUCCUGAUACAAGUGUGGCAAUGUAUAAUGAUCCAGAAUCCAAGGAGUUAUCAAAGGAAAACAUUGCAGUCCCUGAGGAAAAUGCUCAAUCUCUCCGCAACAUUGAUCUGAAUGCCAACUUAAAUGAAAAUGAGGACAAAGGUGCUAGCACAGCUGCUCAGGCCUCAUUGCCUGAACCUGCGGAAACAGAGAUUAAACACGAAGAAAUUCCCGGCUGGUCCCUUUCUGACGUGGACAAGAUGGCCAUUGACAAUAUGCAGCUUGCAAACCUUGGUAGUAGAGUAGAAGAUGAUGAAGAAGAUUAUGAUGAGGAAGGGUAAGUUCUAGUGUACAUUUUGGGGGAUUAGCUAAAGAUGGUGAAAACAGAAGAAUGAGUACAUAUUAGUAUUUUGAUGGCUAUCCUCUAGUAACCAGAGAAUCUGAAUUACAUAUUUCUUCUAUAUCUGGGAUGUCAAUGUUCCUGUGUAGCAGAUGUAGCUUCCUCUUAACACUAAUGUUAGUAGUACUUAGUAGAGCUUUGUGCACUUUUAGGCUCAAAAUGGAUGUUUUUAGGCGACAUCCACCUUGCUAGUACAGGUCAAACAGUUGUUAGAGCUUGGCUACUAGUUGAUUUCAUUAUGUUGUGUUAUUUGAGCAUUGCCUGACAAAAUGGUUUUCUACUUUUCUGUUUGUCUAUCAGAAAGCAGAAGUAUAUUAAUAGA